AUGCCGUCCUCGACGUCCCGCGCGCUCGUCGCGGCGUCCGGAAUCGUUCUGGCGAUCGUCGCGAGCGAUAUCUACGGCGCGUACGCGUCCACGGCGACGGAGACGGCGCCGUCCGAGACGUUUCGCGCGAUGUCCCGAGGCGCCGGGAAAGUCGUCGUCGGGUUUUGCACCUCGUGA